ACGCCUUGCAUUUCCUGAUUUGGUGGACUGAUUGGAAGAGUAGCUCUGCCUGAUUGCUAUUUUCUAGGCAUCUGGCACACUAAUCGGGCAGCGCCAAGUGGGGUUCAGUCAUGUCAGCACCUGCUAUGGGGACCACGAAGACGGCUCACAGUGAUGUGGCCCCGAAGAAAAAGAGGGGACCGGGUGCCCUGGCUACGGCGUAUCUGGUUAUAUAUAACGUGGUUAUGACAGCUGGCUGGCUGGUCAUUGCUGUGGGCCUGGUGCGGGCGUACCUUGUCAGAGGCAGCUACCACGGCCUGUACUUCUCUAUAGAGAAACCCCUGAAGUUUUUCCAGACCGGUGCACUCUUAGAGAUAUUGCACUGUGCAGUGGGGAUCGUUCCAUCCUCUGUGGUUCUAACGGGGUUCCAGGUGUUGUCUCGGGUCUUCCUCACCUGGGCUGUGACGCACAGCGUCCGAGAGGUCCAGAGUGAAGACAGUGUCCUGCUCUUUGUAUCGGCCUGGACCAUUACAGAGAUCAUCCGCUACUCCUUCUACACCUUCAGUCUGCUCAACCACCUGCCCUACCUCAUCAAAUGGGCACGGUACACAUUCUUCCUAGUGCUGUAUCCUAUGGGAGUGACAGGUGAGCUGCUGACCAUCUAUGCAGCCCUGCCCUAUGUGCAGAAGACAGGUCUCUACUCUGUCACUCUACCUAACAAGUACAACUUCUCCUUCGACUACUACUCCUUCCUCAUCCUCACUAUGGUCUCCUACAUUCCACUGUUUCCCCAGCUCUACUUCCACAUGAUGCGUCAGAGAAAGAAAGUCCUGGCCCACGUGGAAGAGUACAAAACAGAGUAAACACAGCAAACACACGGCAGACUGAUCACAUCAUGCCACGGGGAGGAGGCUUGGCAGACUGAUCACAUCAUGCCAUGGGGAGGAGGCUUGGCAGACUGAUCACAUCAUGCCAUGGGGAGGAGGCUUGGCAGACUGAUCACGUCAUGCCACAGGGAGGAGUGGAAAAAGACGAGAUAACCUUAAAAAAAAGAAAAAACAUGCCUGACCAAUUAAAUAUGUCUGCUUGUUGAAAUACCAAGAAACUCAACUCUUUUUCAGAUCAAGAAAAUAACAUGGGGAAUGGGGAUGAUCGAUCUAACAAUGGUUCUUGCUAAUCAGUUGGUUCGGUUUUGGGCUGUUGCCUGGCUAUUAAGAUGCUCUUGUCAUUUACAAUAUACCAACUGCUUUUCGUUUUCUUUGUAAGUAAAUGCAGUUACCAUGUUAUCAAAAUACUACUUACUCAAAAACUGUUUUGUAAAUGUGAUGAUGAUCCAGUUCCGUUGCACUGGCCCCUUUGAGAGGCAGCAGAAUGUGCUGAAUGCACUGAUACAAUCAAUGCCCUCUUCUCUCAUAGUUCAGUGGAAGACAAACACUAGAACCCCCCCCCCCCCCACCUCCAUUCUAUCACUGGUUGCAUCCCAAAUGGAAGCCUAUUCCCUAUAUAGUACUAUUUAGGGAAUAGUGCCAUUUGGGAUGCUACGAUGCUUUGUGCUCUAAUGAAUAGUUGUCCUUUGUUAGGAUGGAUGGAUGGAGGGUUCCAUAUUUGUCUGACUCAACGGAGGACUAUGCCUGUUUAAGUAAUUUAUUUCUGCGACUAGAUUUUUCACCUGCAGAACUUCUGAUCACAUUCCAUUUGGUGUAAUAAAGCUUUUCUUUAUUCUGUGCUUUA